CACCUUCUUUGGGAAGGAAGAAUGUGUAGCAAGUAGAUUUCUAGUCCAGUAAACUGGUUUGCGGUUCUACUACUAAAACAGCUUCUUAAACCAUCUUGGACAAACACCAAGGAAAUGUAUCAGAUCUUACUGCUUGUUCCGGUUCUACUUGCACUGGCUCAGUCAGAGGAGACCAGGGAAGAGUGGCUGCCUGAUCAUAUGUAUAACCCUCUACUUGAACCAGAAAAAUGUGGGCUCAGACCUGGGGAAUUGGCUUAUGUUUGCGACCCAAAUGGAAUCAUUGGUAAUCACAUUGACAGUGUAAAUUGGAUAUUAAAAGAUGCAGCUUACAACAACACCAACUGCCCCUGCAGUAACUUCAACUGUGAGCAUGAAAAAGGACCAACUGGAUAUCGGAUAGGCCUGGCUCUGGUCAAACGUAUGAUCAUUCAGUAUAACACUGAUGGUCGCUUAAAUACACCCAAAGAUCAGGCACAGUUGUUUGCAAACAGGCUGGAAAAUCAUAAAUGGAAUAUGGGCAGGUGUGAAGAAGACAUUGUCAUAUUUUACUCUGCGGAAGACAAAGUGCUGGCUCUCUAUGGUGGGUCUACAGCAACAGCUAAGCUGACACCAUACUUUAGGGAGUUACUGACAUACAAAGUUGCCAGUCGCUUUAAUGAUGGACGGAUUAUUGAAGGGAUUAACAACCUUCUGUAUGAUUUAAAGAAGGUUUUGAACUGUCAGUCAACCCGUGAGAUGGAAUGUGGACUCCAUGAAAUGUAUAGCUCUGCCAGUCUCUCUCAACUCUCCUCAAUACUGCUAGCAGCAGUUGCCAUCUUCUACACAGCUUUUUGAGAAUCUACAACAGAUGACCAGAGACGACUAUCAUCCAAGCUUCCCUAAACUGGACAGCAUCAUUUCUUCAGAGGACUGGACAAUAGUGUAUUCAUUGAUGUCAACAUUCUCAUUUUCUCCACAGCUGUUUGAGAACCUCAACACUUUACUAGGCUUGACCAUCUUAGCUAGUAUCAAACAUUACUAUUUUCGGAUAAUGUAGUAAUUGACUUGAAAACACUUCUACUAUACUGGGCUUAAAAUUCUAGACAUAGUGUUGGGCUGUAAUGGACACACCUGGCAAUAAAGUACUGCAUCAGUCAAGACAACAAAGUACUACAUCAGACAAGACAAUAAAGUACUACAUCAGAUAAGACAAUAAAGUACUGCAUCAGACAAGACAACAAAGUACUACAUCAGACUAGAUAAUAAAGUACUACAUCAGACAAGACAGUAAAGUACUACAUCAGACUAGACAAUAAAGUACUAAAUCAGACUAGACAUUUAAGUACUACAUCAGACAAGACAAUAAAGUACUACAUCAGACAAGACAUUAAAGUACUACAUCAGACAAGACAUUCUAUAAUUAAAAAUUCAGUAUAAGUAUAAUCAAUAUUUAACUCGUUUUAAAAUUUUUUUUUACUGGUUUUAUUUAUUAUUUUUGUGAAAAUUGUGCUGUGUUUUUAACUCUGGAACAUACAUUUUUUUUUAUAACCAGUAAAUACAUCUAUUCCAGUUAUAGAUUUUUCUUUACAACUCACAAGAUGAGCACUAUGCAAUAUUUGUAUUUUUGAGUGGAAUGCUAUUUUCUUUUAUUUUUCAUUUUAUGUAUACUUAGAUCACAUAUGUGCUUGUAAUUAUGAAGGGUUUGAGUGAGUCGAAUAGUUUCCAAAUAAAAUAUUUAUAGUUUAUCUAUUUUAAUCAUGAAUAUUUAUAUGUAAAAUUGCUAUAAUUUUAUGAGAAAUUUUGUCCCCGUUAUGUAACUUAAAUAUUUUAAAUUUUUAACAGGUUGAUUGUUAAUAUCACAUGUUGUCUCCAGCACAUAGUGCCUUUUUUAUUUUAAAAUUGUGAACCCAUUUACUGCAUAGAGAUUUUUUUAAAGCGUUAAUCUAAAUGCAACAAUAGAUGCACAUUUAACUACAGACUAUAGCUGUAUUUAUUUCUACAUGUGGUAUGUAUGUAUUUUACUGUAUGUCAGUUGUAAAUAAUUUUAGCAAUGAAAGUUAACAGUUCUAUGGUGCUAUCAUUUUUUUUUUAUUUAUUCAUUGUAUAUUUUAAUUUUUUGUAAAAUCUCACUCCUUUUAUCUUACCUGGAGUUAGCAGGUGUUUAAUGAUAAUUAAUCUCAUCAGAUGUAUCAGUGAAGCUUAUGAUGUAUUUUACUUUAUUGUCAUAAGCUCAAGCCUUGCCAUUUUUGGCAAAUAAUCCUUUCAUUUUUUGUAAUGUGGCCAAAUUCCAUUGAUUAAAAAGUAGUAUACUUUGGCUGGCAUUAAUUUAACUUGGAGGUCCUAGAAAAUUAAUGUUUACAUACCUGUAAUGCUCAUAGAGCACUUUGGCUCCAAACAAACAUUAACAUAGCUGGUUAAUGUAGGAUGUUGGCUAUUCAAUUUUUACUUAAAAUGGCCAGUUUGGAAGUUGGUCACAGCUAUUUGUUUCACCGGUUGACUAACUCUUUAGGUACAUAAUUAAAUGUAUGACCAGGUGGUACAAGAAUGACCCAAUCCUUUCAGUUUUAACACGUUGACAUUGUCUCCUUCUUCAGAGCCAGUUUACCUGUUUCACUUGUAGUCAGCUAUCUAAAGUCUGGUUGUAGAUUGUUUUGACACCAAACUAUAUAGUCCACAGGUGUCAUGUUUUCUUUGUGUGACUUUCUUGUACUUGUUUUAUGGUAUGCUAGCCUAAAUAAACUGUAUUCUGC